CCACAAGCUGCAACCAUUAUGGAUUUAGCAGUAUUUGGGCCAUGUAAAAAAUAUUAUGGUGCAAUUUGUGACAGAUGGAUGGUAAAUCAUGCCGGAAAACCUAUCACUAUUAAUGACAUCGGAAGUCUGGUUGGAGAGGCUUUUUUGCAAGCGUUUACUCCAAAAAAUAUAUGCAGUGGAUUUCGUGCAGCAGGAAUAGAGCCGUUUAAUGACCAAAUAUUUUCGGAUGAAGAAUUUCUUUCGUCAUAUGUUACAGAUAGACCAGGGAAAACAUCAGAGGAAGAGGCACCACAAGCUGGGUCGUCACUGCCUAAACCGAUUCAACAUGGCAUGACAGAUCCUGUUCUGUCACAAUUUCAGCUCUCAAAAUAUCAAGCCGGACCAUCACAAGCUGAAUCGUCGAGCACUGCUAAACUACAAACUGAAAAAUCACAAACCAAACCGACUUUAUCUUCAAUUGAGAUAAAAAAGCCGACAUUACAAAUUAUAACUCCUGAACAGUUCCGUCCUUACCCCAAAGCUGGUGAACGAAAGUCUACAAUUCGACGAAAGAAAGGAAAAUCCCUGAUUUUGACAGACACUCCUGUCAAAGAGAACAUAGAGGAAGAAGCAAGACUUCGAGAAGAAAAAGCACACAAAAAAAACAAAACAACUAACAAGAAAAAAGAAGUGAAAAGACGUAUUCUAGAAGACAGCUCUUCUGAUGAUGAAAGUGUUAUCUAUGAAGAAAGCUCGGAUUCUUUAGAAGAAUUUGAUGCAUAUGACGAUAGUCCACAAGCUGUGACAAAAGGCGAUUUUGUAAUCGUGAAAGUGUAUGGGCAAAAUAAAUUAAAUUUCAGACAUUAUGUUGGUGAAAUUAUUCAUGCUGUAAAUGAUGGUAUUGAGGUUACUUUUUUAAAACGCCACAAAGAAACAAAAUAUUUUUUUAAAAAUAAUGAAAAUGGCUUUGUUGUAAAAGCUGAUAUUGUUUGUAAGUUACCCAUGCCAGCCAAAAGUAACAGCGCUAGAUAUGCCAACAUGGUGUCAUUUCAAGUUGAUUUAAAUGAAUUUGACUUUACAGUUUAUUAA